GUUUUUGGUUUGGAAGAUGUGUAGAAUUUAAAGAAGCAUCUAAUUUUCUCUUUGCCUUAUUGGAAAUCUGUUAGUUAUUGGAGCUCCAUGCUAUUAGAAUUGAAGUAAAUCAAUUCUGUUUUUGGUUGGGAAGAGGUACAUUAUUGUGUAGAAUUUAAUGCACCUUCUAAUUUUCCCUUUGCCGAGUUUGAUUGAUGUUAGCUAUUGUAAAUGGUUUUUAUUUUUUUUCUGCUGCUUAGAUUAUUGUAUUCUGAAUCUGGUUGUGGUUAGAUGUCAUCAUCAUCAAUGAGUUCUGCAUCUGUCUCAAAUCCCUCUCAGAGUACACCAUUGUGCUUCUGUGAGGUUGAAGCCACACUGAAAUACUCAAAUACGAGAAGAAAUCCAGGCCGAGCCUUCUUAGGAUGUCGAAAGUACAACACUGAGGGACUACCGUACUGCAAAUUUUUCAAGUGGGCAAAUAGUCAAGACAUAGAACAAGACCUUUUCAAACUGAAAGAAGAAUUGCUACGGAAGGAGGCAGACCUGGUCAAGAUGCUCAAGGAAAUUGAAAAAAGGGAGAUUGAACUCCAAAAGAAAGCGGAUGAGAUUGAGAAGAAGGAGAUUUUGCUAGCUAGCAUAAAUGAGGAGAUUAUGAAAAAAGAGUGGAUGCUCCUUCAGCAAGAAGCUGAAAUCAAGCGCUCCCGCACACUAUUCCGGCUGUUUUUAGCUUUAGUAGUUAUUUUCAUUUUUUACAUAAUAGUAUCUAAGUGAUGUUGGAUUGUAUUCAGAGUGUUGGAAAUUUGUAACUUAAUAGUGUUAACUAAGUCAGAUUUGCCGAGUUUGUGAUGGUUGAAAUACUGUGGAAACACUUUUGUCAAUUUCCAGUGGAUAUUGGUGUAAUUGUAUCACAGGAGGUUGAUGUUAGUAGUGAUCCAGGUAUUUGCCCUUGAACUCUUGUUGGAAUUGUAACAGUGUUGAACACUUGUAGAUGUCUGAUUGUUAAUACAAUAGUUGAUGUACAUUAUUGUUAC